AUGGAGGAAGAGCACAAUCACCUUGUUGAAAUCACACCUGAGAAAAUAUCAAUUUCACUUGACAAUUUGUCGACUUCCUUUAAUAUUCUGAAUCUAACAUUGCAAUAUGUUCCAUAUAAAAUUAUUUCUCCAAAUCCUAUGAUAUUUCACAUUCAACCUGAGGAAGGAAUUUUGGAUCCUUGCGAUAGUAUCGAUGUGAAAAUAACUGCAAUCAUCACAAGCUCUAUGAAUUUUUAAUGUUUUGAGAAAAACAAUAAAUUAACUAUAUUGACGUAAGAAGAUUCCGAAACUGACUGGAAAAAUGUGUUAAUAGAGAAUAUUCAAAGACAUGACAUCUCAAUAAACAUCAUUAGGAGCACUAAUCCAUUUGUAAAAAUAGCAGACAAUGUGAUAAUAGCUCAAAUUUACAACAACUUCAAAUUCACAGAGGAGGAAAAGAAGAUCAUAAUUGAGUACAUCAUGAAUAAAUACGGUAAGACUGCCAAUUACAAUAUAUCGAACACAAUGAUGAUAUUUAGGUAUUAGAAUUAAGUCUAAGGAGAUGUCCAUCUUCUUCAAUACCCAGAUUCUACCCAUUAUUUUAUACUGCGCACUUAUUCUCCUUGCUUAUUGGUCAACACUCCUCCAAAAUACCAAUUGGAACCCAUGAGUCCUUAGGCUUAAAAGAAAGUAAAAUAAAUAGAACAACCAUAACCAUAACCAACAUAACAGACUCCGAAGCCCAAAAAGGCAAAGGACGAUUUCAAGACCAAUUUGAAAUCAUCUGUUGAUAAAAAGGAGUUGAAAUAGCAACAACAGUAAUUGUUUGCAUCAUUCUAAGGGCAAUCUAUAAAACGAUAAUUUUCAUAAGAAUAAUCAGGAGAUGCAAACUAAGUUUAAGAGUAACAGAACAACAAUGGAUAAACUGAAGGUGCAUAAUUAAACGAAGAAAUUUAGCUAAUCAAAACUACAAGCUCUUAAAAAGAUGCAUCUUCAAAUAAUCAGAGCUAAAUCAUUACUGCAGAAGUAGAGACAUAGAAUUCCUAAAAACAUAUAUUUUAAUCACAGAUAGUCAAAGGCUAGUAAGAGACUGCAUCUAUCGCCAAACCUCGUUAUUAUUAGUCAGAAAUAAUACCUAAGAAUCAAUUAGAACUGUUCAAAUAUGAAAAGUUUGAGUAAAGUCAGAAACCAAGGAAGAAAUAGAAUUUGAAGGGUAACUUAUAAAAUUUGGCUCCCAUUCAGAUGGAAUAGAAGCAAUAGAUAAAUGUCUCUGAGAAACAAUAUAUUGAAUAGAACCCUCCUAGAUUUAAAAAGAUUGCUAAUUUCAAUACGUACUCAAAAAUACAGUUCGUGGUUUUAUUUAAAGAUCACUCCUACUUAAUAACAGUGUCAGACAAGGAAAUCAUAACUGUUUGGAAUUUGAAUAUGAAUUCGCAAGAAGGGUAGAUUAGAGAUCAUAGUGAGAUGAAGAAGAUCAAGAUAUUGAAGGUGUAUGAGUGGGCAGAUUCAUAUGAAAAGAAACUUGGAACACUUGCAUCAGAUUAAAUGAUUAGAAUAUUUAGUUUGGAAGAGAUGAGAUUGAAAUACAUUUGGAAGAUUGAUGAUUUUAGCGAAAUAACAUCGAUAGCAUUUUUAUCGGACAAGGAUUAAGUCUGCUUAGCUGGUACGCCCUUGAAGCAAUUCAACAUCUUCGGGAGCAAAUAUCCAAAGUAUAGGUUCUUGAGGAUUUAUAAUUCGAGAACCCUGAAGGAGAUAAUUUCACAAAAGAUAACUGCCAAUGAGGGAUAGAUAUUGAGUCCAGUGGAGUAUACAGAUAAUGAGAACAUGAAACAUGCUAGAUUGAAUAACAUUUUGGCUGUCAAUAAGUGUUACAAGGACAAAGAUGGGGGGGAAAUCCUAUUUUACUUGGUGGACAUGGCUAAUGUUUGCACUCUGAUUUUAACAUUAACAUAUGAGUAGAUCCAAGUUUGGAGUGUUAAGAAUCUUUAUUAUUUGCCUUCGAGGGGGAGCUUUGUGGUGAUAGAGAAGAACUCACCCAAAUCUUAUUAUUAAAAUAAAAUAUUCGUCAUUAAUGUCAAGCAAUUGCAGACUGAUGAUGGAUUGAAGAAUGGAAUUGUUUGCAAGCAGUUUGAUGACUCGUCUGUUCUUGAUGACGAGAUUUAUGUUUUGCCGAGGUAGGAAUAAUUGCUUAAGGUCAAGGGGGAUACUGUACAAUUGAUCGAUCUGAAAACUGAGGUUCAACUUAGUUUGUAGAUUUCACAAUAGAUGGGGGAGAAUCCAUUGAACAUCGUUUAGUCAGGGUAGAUCAUAAGAAUCGAUGGGGAAAGUUUGUAAAUAUUGGACCUUAUAUGCUGA